AUGGUCGGAGCAUUUCCAAGAUGGAAGCUGCUGUUCCUGCUCUUUUCAUUCUUGGUGUCUGGCGAAAAGACCAUAGAGCCAGCUGUGCUGGUAGAGCAGCCAGAUGGAACCACAAAGGGCUGGAUCCAGUUGUGCAGAGAGGUGAAUGCCCUUCGAUCCAACUUGCCUUCCUUUGUGGCGAAGUUAGGGGACCUUUAUGAGGCCCGACAAACCAUCAGUAAGAAACGUCGCCUACUUCAGAGAGACCACAACCACACAAGCUCGUUGUGGCAGAGCUUGGCAUGCGAAGUUGCAUCGCCAGGUGGCCCUUGGCGGCUGAAGGUUGACCUCGAAGCACCAAAGGAAGCACCUCCAGCCUUCCGCAAGCAUCAUCGUGUAGUCCUCGUCUUCCCCACCAGCUGGCCGCAAAGCUUGCCAAGCAUCCGCUUCACCGGGCAGCUCAGGAGCCUCUACGUCAAGCCACCUGAUGAAGACAAGAGCGAUCAUGUUCAUGAGGCGAGCAGCAAGCUGCUGGCACGCCUGCAGGAAGCCGUUGGCCCCAUCACCUGCAUGUGGCGCCAGACAGGCGGCUGCAAUGCCACGGGAGAUCGGGAACCAGAAAAGGAUCGACUGUGCGGUGAGAAUGUGCCACUGGGGAACUCUGGUUUCUGCGACUGCAAUGGUGACGGCUUGAUGAACGGAGCCGAGCCUGGCUACAGUUGCGAAAGCAGCCCAGGUAGCUGCGAGACCAGGUGCCCACAAGAGGUUCAAAAAGGUCGAUAUGACUUGCAUGGGUUGCUCUCUCAACUGCAUCGAUCAUUGGGCGGCGCACUGCAUCCGUCGGAUCAAACGGCGUGGCAGCGGACAGCCUCCACCUUCGAGGAGGAUGCAAGUACAGUGGUGAAGUACGCCGCGUAUGGCCGAAAACACGAAGAACUCUUCUGGGCAAAUGGCCUAAAGCUGGAGGAUGCGAUUGAUCCCAGGAUCUUCAAGCUGAUCUUCAAGGUUUUCAACGGCACAAGAUAUAGCAGGGCCGAAGCCAAAAAACAACUGCUUGCCUCUGGAUUGAUCAAAGAGAUUAUCCCUGACCUAGUUUUUAGCUUUCCAGUGUUCACACUGGAGUUCUGCACUUUGCUGAUGGAGGAGAUCCGGAACUUUUAUGGCUCCAAGCUGCCGGCACGGCGGCCGAACUCCAUGAACAACUACGGCAUCAUCCUCAACGAGAUCGGUUUGGAGCCGAUGAUCUUUGACCUCCAAGAUGCGUUGAUUCAACCGCUGGCUUCGGUGCUUUUUCCUUUGGAAGGAAGUGAGCUGGAGUCCCACCAUUCCUUCACCAUCAGGUUCAACGUGAACAUCUUCGGCAACUACACUGGUGCGCCGCUGGUGUUUUGCGGCAUUAAUGGUGAGCCUGACCACAGGCAUUUCCGCACCGCUUACCAGCAUCAGCUGGGCUAUGCGAUCAUCCACAAGGGGCGGCACAGACACGGAGCAGAGGAUAUCACUGGUGGUGAGCGAAUGAACCUGGUGGUUUGGUCAUACUCCUACAACUACCGUCAUUCCAAGGAAAGUAUCAAGGUUCACCAGCGCGAAGCGGCCAAGCCCGAUGAGCGCUGCGUAUCCUACACCCAUGAUAGGGACUUCGGACGCUACAAAGCAUGGCCUGAAGGGAAGAAAGAACGAUUUCUUGGCCGUGGCUGGUGCCCACCGAGAGGCAAAGAAUAUGUGGCUUGGCAUUGGCGCAUUGAAAAGAGAGAGAGAGAGAGAGCGAGCGAGGGAGGGAGGGAGGGAGGGAGGGAGCGAGGGAGCGAGGGAGCUGUUAAGAGACAAGCUUUUUCACAAUAG